UAGCAUUCCAAUUCCCAUUCUCUCCUUUAUCAUUUCUUCCAUAAUCGCUGGAAGUAAAAGCCAACAUUCCAUAACCAAGACACCGACAAAGCUUGUCAUAGUUUCUAAGAAUUUGAAUGGCAGAAGUGAGGAACAAGAAAGUGGUUCUGAGAGACUAUGUGGUUGGUUUUCCGAAAGAAUCAGACAUGAACACUGUCGAAGGAAGAAUUAUAUUGAAGGUUCCAGAAGGUUCCAAUGAUGUGCUUCUCAAAAAUCUCUACCUCUCUUGUGACCCUUACAUGAGAAUCCUGAUGAACAAGGUGGAAAGCAUAGAUGUGCAUCGUCACUACACACCAGCUUCUCCAUUGGCAGGAUAUGGUGUGUCUAAAGUGGUAGAAUCUGCACAUUCAGAUUAUAAGAGAGGUGAUUUAGUUUGGGGAUUUACCAAAUGGGAAGAGUAUAGCUUUGUCUCCUCAUCUCAGAUAUGUUUCAAAAUUGAGCACACUGAUGUCCCACUUUCCUACUACAUUGGAAUUCUUGGUAUGCCAGGAUUGACUGCUUAUGGUGGUUUCUUUGAUGUAAGUUCUCCCAAAAAAGGUGACAAUGUUUUUGUUUCAGCUGCCUCUGGUGCUGUUGGUCACCUUGUUGGCCAAUUUGCCAAGUUGAGUGCUUGUUAUGUUGUUGGAAGUGCUGGAAGCACAGAGAAGGUGGAUCUGCUGAAGAAUAAAUUAGGCUUUGAUGAAGCUUUUAACUACAAAGAAGAGCCAGAUCUCAAUGCAACUUUGAAAAGAUACUUUCCAGAAGGCAUUGAUAUUUACUUUGAGAAUGUUGGGGGGAAGACACUUGAUGCAGUACUCCCAAAUAUGAGACUCCAUGGUCGAAUACCUGUUUGUGGAAUGAUAUCACAGUACAAUCUCACUCAACCAGAAGGUAUAACAAAUUUGGCACAUCUCAUAUUUCAGAGGCUUAAAAUGGAAGGUUUUAUUACAACUGAUUUCUUCCUUUUAUAUCCCAAAUUUUUGGAGUUUGUCCUUCCUCUUAUCAGAGAAGGGAAGAUUGUGUAUGUGGAAGACAUUGUUGAGGGUAUUGAGAAUGGUCCUGCUGCUUUGGUUGGCCUCUUUAGUGGUCGCAAUGUUGGUAAACAAGUGGUUGUUGUUGCUCAUGAGUAAAAUUAUAUAGAUAGAAACACUGAACCAUUUAAUCUUUCCUUCUGAAUUUUCAAUUUCUGUUGGUCAUUGAACCUAGUGUUAUGUUGUAUUUUGUGAUUAAUAAAACCUCUA